AUGCCACCAGUCGCGGUUGAUCACUCUUACGUCAAUCUAUCCAAAUCAGAGUAUGACUCACAACCCAGUACUAGCCAACCCCCAGUUAUUCCUGCGCGACGCAACAAGCCGAUUCGUACUACCGAUCAUAUAGCGACAUCGCCAGUGUUGCCCGACAUAGCCAGACGGACCAAGACUGCAUCGAACAUUGUCGAAGGGCAGGGACGGCAAAAGGAGGAUGAAGAGGACACCUAUAAUAAUCAAGCCUUAAGUAAGUUUAGAAAAGUUGUGAAUUAUGAAUAG